CAGAGCUAGCUAGCUAACUGCUAAUAUGCUGUAGUCGGGUUGCUGUCAACCUCACUUGACUGUACUGUAGCCCGGGGCAUAUGCACACGCACACACACACACAAGGAGGCUCCUCGCUCACGGUCCACUCGCCCUGUUGACAGAUAAAACUUUUCGACAGACAAGUGCGGACUGCUAAAGCAUUGGAAGAGGGAGUGAAAAAGGACAACAAGGAAAGAUUAGAUUCUUCUGUGGUUGUUGGACUGGACAAAAUAGUGCAGGCCCAGUCAGUGCCACCUCAUUCAGCAGGGACAUCAAAUUUCCGGUUGGAUCCCUCCUACCUGUGUGCUACUGGUUUUCUAUUUUCCUGCUAUCUCAUCAAUUUGAAUGUUUGAACACAAGGGCCACUGUGAAGGUGACCAUCGGUGGCUGUGGCCUGGCCAUUUUAACCACUGCCCACGUUAGCGUAAUUAGCAGUAUCAUGAAUGGAGGCUGGAAGACACCUGUGGGGAAUUUAAAACCUUGGAAUUAAUAUCACUGAAAGGAGCUGCAGUUCUUCAAGAAUCUGUUAAAAAAACCUGCACUAGAGGAGGAUGAAGCUGAGGAAACAGGUGACAAUGUGUGGAGGGGCCAUCUUCUGUGUGGCUGUUUUCUCCCUCUAUCUCAUGUUGGACCGUGUCCAGCAUGACCCUGCAAGACGACAAAAUGGUGGAAACUUUCCACGGAGCCAAAUUUCCGUCCUGCAGAACCGGAUAGAGCAGCUGGAGCAGCUCUUGGAGGAAAACCAUCAAAUCAUUAGUCACAUAAAAGACUCUGUCAUGGAGCUCACAGACACAGGAGCAGUGUCUCCCAGUGGCCACCUGCCCUUCAGGGCUGCCAAUGGCUCCUGGGUCCUUCCCUUUGACGGCCGACCCACUUUCCUUGCUGUCAAGCCCCAGGACUGUCAGUUGGCUGCAGGCAGCCAUAGUCAGGCAGACGUUCAGAUGUUGGACGUGUACUCGCUCCUAAAGUUUGACAACCCGGAUGGUGGGGUGUGGAAACAGGGUUUUGACAUAUCAUAUGAUGCUGAUGAGUGGGACAAGGAACCUUUGCAAGUUUUUGUCGUCCCGCACUCUCACAAUGAUCCAGGUUGGGUGAAGACAUUUGACAAGUACUACACAGACCAGACACAACACAUUUUAAACAACAUGGUGGUGAAACUGGCAGAGGAUCCCCGCAGAAAGUUCAUAUGGUCAGAGAUUUCCUUCUUUUCCAAAUGGUGGGAGAGUGUGGAUGCACAGAAGCAGGAGGCGGCUCGCAAACUGAUCCGAGGAGGACAACUAGAGAUUGCGACAGGAGGAUGGGUCAUGACAGAUGAAGCCAAUGUUCACUAUUUCGCAAUGAUUGACCAACUUAUUGAGGGACAUCAAUGGCUAGAGAGAAAUAUAGGGGCAAUACCCAGCAGUGGAUGGGCAAUAGACCCUUUUGGCCACAGCUCUACAAUGGCCUAUGUCCUCAAGAGAGCCAACUUGACCAGCAUGCUUAUCCAGAGGGUUCACUACUCAGUCAAAAAGCAUUUUGCUGCCACACGCAACCUUGAAUUUAUGUGGCGGCAGCCCUGGGAAACUAGAUCCAUUUCGGACAUCUUUUGCCACAUGAUGCCAUUCUACAGCUAUGAUGUCCCUCAUACAUGCGGGCCAGACCCAAAGAUCUGCUGCCAGUUUGACUUCAAGAGGCUACCUGGCGGUCGGAUAAACUGUCCAUGGAAAGUGCCACCCAAGGCUGUGGUGGAGGCAAAUGUAGCGGAGAGGGCGGAACUCCUCCUGGAUCAGUAUCGCAAAAAGUCCAAACUUUACCGUAGCAAGGUGCUUCUCAUCCCUCUGGGAGAUGAUUUUCGUUAUGACAAGGCCUUGGAGUGGGACCAGCAAUAUAUCAAUUAUCAGAAACUCUUCGAUUACAUGAAUUCUCACCCUGAGAUGCAUGUCAAGACUCAGUUUGGAACUCUCUCGGACUACUUCAAUGCUUUGUACAAAUCGUAUGGAGUGCCCCAGGGAUCCCGACCUCCAGACUUUCCUGUGCUCAGUGGGGAUUUCUUUGCCUAUGCCGACCGCGAAGACCACUAUUGGACCGGCUACUUUACAUCCCGGCCCUUUUAUAAGAGCUUGGAUCGUGUUAUAGAGUCACAACUGAGGGGAGCUGAGAUCCUUUACACCUUGGCUGUUGCCAAUGCCCGACACCUGGGAAUGGAGGGACGUUAUCCGGUUUCAGAUUACGCCCUGCUCGUUGACGCCAGGCGCUCUGUGGGCCUGUUCCAGCAUCACGAUGGAAUCACUGGCACUGCAAAGGAGAACGUUGUCGUCGACUAUGGCACCAGAUUAUUGCGAUCACUUAUCAACCUGAAGAGAGUGAUCAUCAAUGCUGCUCAUUUCCUGGUGAUGAAGAAUAAAGAGUUUUAUCGCUUUUACCAGACAGAGCCUUUUCUGGAGACGGAUGACAGGCGUGCUACUCAGGACUCCCUACCUCAGCGCACUUUAAUUGAGCUGGAUGCUGCAGGGCCUAGGUACCUGGUCCUGUUCAACCCGUUUGAGCAGGAGCGGCUAUGUGCGGUGACCGUGUUGGUGAACACAGUCAAGGUGAGGGUGCUCACAGAAGAUGGACAGACUCUCCCUGUGCAGCUGAGUGCUCAGUGGAGCUCGGCAAGACAAAUGAGUGCAGAAGUGUUUGAGGCGACAUUCAUGGUGCGUCUACCAUCGUUAGGCCUCGCAGUCUUCCAUCUUUACAACUCUCCAGACUCUCCAAUGACACUGCGCUCAGACACCCUUCUCCGGCUGCCCGGAGGUGCUCUCACUCCUCGCACUUCGGACCCACUUCCUGUUCGGUCUCAGCUAGCUGACCCUCAGAUGUUCCACAUCAGCAGCCAGUUUCUGACACUGGGCUUCUCUGGCACCACUGGCCUCCUGGAGACUAUCAAACACAAAGAUUAUCAGGAAAUAAAGGUCCAGAUGCACUUCAUGAUGUAUGGAACUCGUACUUCUAAGGACAAGAGUGGUGCAUAUCUUUUCCUGCCUGAUGGGAAAGCAACGCCCUAUGAACACAAAGAGCCACCUGAGGUGCGUGUCGUUGAGGGGCCUCUCUUCUCUGAAGUAGUGGCAUACUACCAACACUUUCAGCAGGCAAUUCGCAUCCACAAUGUGCCAGGUGUAGAUGGCCUGUCUUUGGAUAUCACUACGAUUGUGGAUAUCAGAGACCAGAACAACAAAGAGCUGGCUCUGCGUCUGGUCACUGACAUCCAGAACGGGGAUGUCUUCUACACAGACCUCAAUGGCUUCCAGAUGCAGUUGCGUCGCCGCCUCCAGAAGCUUCCCUUGCAAGCUAACUUCUACCCGAUGCCCAGCCAGGCGUACAUCCAGGACAGCCAUCACAGGCUGACGCUGCACACAGCUCAGUCUCUUGGUGUCAGCAGUCUGGAGAGCGGUGAACUUGAAGUCAUUUUGGACCGCCGGCUAAUGCAGGAUGACAAUCGUGGGCUGGGUCAAGGCCUCAAAGAUAACAAGAGGACAGUCAACCGCUUUCGACUGCUUCUGGAAAGGAGAUCAACAGACAACAAGCCUUCUGGCUUCUUUGCCAAACUCUCCUCUUUAUUUCACUUUGUUCUCCCCAAAAUGUUGUGUGACAGAUCUGAAGAGAUGACAGAUGGUUCAACGAUAAGCUUCCCGUCUGUGCUAAGUCACAUGACCAACAGGGUCCUGAAUCACGAUGUUCUGGCUCUGCCUGUCCUGCCCAAAAGACGUGGUGUGCCACCUCUUGAAACCUAUGCGCCACUCAAGACCAUGUUCCCCUGUGACUUCCACCUUGUAAACCUACGCAGCAUCCAGAGCCAAGACGCCAACUCUCCAUCACCAUACACAGCUUUGAUUCUUCACCGUUUUGGCCUCGACUGUGGUUUGGAUGUUGCAAACUUGGGCUUCAACUGUACUACCACCCAAGGACAGAUGAAUGUUUCCGCCCUCUUUAAGAACUUGGACCUGCAACUGCUCCAGCCCAUGUCUUUGACCCUGAUGUAUUCAAGUCCACCACUGGCGAACACAUCCGCAGUCAGCCUGGAUCCAAUGGAGAUCUCCACCUUCAAACUCAAACUACGGUAGGAGCCAACCCGAUUGAACCGGCUCGGACUCUUCGGACCGAGAAUUGGACCCUCACCGGCACUGGACCAGCACGGGGGACUGUCAUUCGGCUGUGUCGAAGGCGCCACGGAGAACUGCAAACUCUCCACGAGCACGGCCGCAGUGGGUUAUGCUGCGUAUGAAUGUGUUCUCUCUCUGCUUUCAGCCUGGAACUGAACUACUGAAUGUAAAUAUCCCAAUGAUGUGUGAAUGAGAACAAGAGGGGUGGGUGUGAUGUUUUUUCGGGGGUUCAUCAAAAACGUGUGCCUCAAAAGGGUGCAAUUUAAAAAGCUUUAUUUCUUUUACGAACUUUGAUUUUUCUAUGCGCACACUGAUGUUGGCACACAUUGCAAUCAUGUUUUCUUUUCAAUGUCAUACUUCAUUUUUGAUCUUUGUCUUGCAGCAAAGACAAUGUGUGAUGGUAAUGUAGAUUUACUCAUCGCCGUCAGCCAACAUUUGUCCUAAUCCUCGUGUUUCCCCGUCACCACUGAGCGACAGUGCGUGAAUUGAGCUGCACCAACGUGUGUGCAUCCCAAGUCUUGGGCCAGCACUAGCCUGGUUGUUUUCAUUAGCCUUUUUACAUGUUGACAACAGUAAAUAGUUAAAGUGAGCAGGAUAAAUCUUAAAGGAAAACUGUGGAGAAGAGUUUUGCAAUGAAGAGUCUGGAUAGAAAGGACAUAUUUUGUCAUUAUUAUUAUUAUUUUGCUAUCAAACACAAAUACGAUGAGCCUCUAGUUCCUAUUAUCCCAAACACGCCAGCACACAUUGUGUUUGGAAGGUCACUAUGCACUAAACAGUUCAAGUUCAUACAGAAUGUAUUCUAUUCUGCAACAUAUCUGUUAAAAUGUAUUAUUUUAAUAUCCAGAAGUUAUAUGAUCACUUCAUUGCUUGAACAACAAGUCUAAUGCUGGUUUAAGACUUUUUUCCCCUUCUUUUGCACAGUGGUGUAUUUGUAUGCCUGUAGUAUUAUGUCAGGGACCAUUCAUGAUGCUGUAACUGCAGAUUACGGUAGUUAAAUGCAAAACAUACAAUGUGUCCUUUUUCAGUUUCAGACAUUUUGGUGUUUGGCAUGAUAAAAAAAAAGCCAGUUAGAUUUUGGUUUUGAGCUUUGUAGCGCUUGUCUUUAAAAUCAUUUAUCAAGACGAGCCCUACAAAGAGAAUUUCAAUGAGAUUAACUCAUUGGCUGCCACCAACUGCAAUGGAUGUCCAAUCUGGAUUUACUGGGUGGGCUGAUAGUGACUUGAAUUUAAAAGAAUUGGACAUUUACCUUGGUCAGUUGCAGCGUUGAGUUAAAAUCAUUUUUGAGUUACCGACAUGUUAUAGAUUUUUCAUUUCAUGAAAUAUAUUUUUUCUUUGGUAAAAAGCAUCAUAAUGAAAAUUCCAGGCACCACUGCAGAUGGAUGGAUUUCUUCACUUUUUUGCACCGUCUACUGUGACUUUAGUUGCCUCCAGUCAAAUUUGGGAGGCAGGGCUGAGUAACAAUGUAAGCGUAGCUGGCUGAUGUGCGUACAACUCGGGGGUUCACACACAACGAAAUUGGAUCUCAACGGAGCUGCUGCAUUUUCCCAAGGCUGAGUCUGUACUCAGAAUGAAGCUGUGGACACAUUUUUUUAAGACUCCGUGCAUUACUUAACUCUUAGGUCUGUUUUCCCAUCGGAGGCCUAUCACAUCUAAUAAUUCUUCCCCACAUUUCUAUCUCUGCUUUUCACUGUCGCAUCUUUGAAAAUUCCUUUUAAAAAGUUGGCAGUUGCUGUAGCACGGUGUGUCCGGAGGUAAUGUAUGGUGGCAGGCUAUCUUCUAUGUUCCGUCCCGGUGGAGUAAAAAUGCAGAGUGACAAAAUAAAGAGAAUCUGUGUUACUCGUGUUCUGAUAGAUUAUGCACUCAGUUUCAUGAUUUCACACACACACCUUCACUGGAUGCUUGUUUCGGGGUCUUGCUGCCUAUUGUCUUUUGUGCUGUCCAAUUUGGGAUGGCGCAGUGGAUUCGUUUUUUCGGGUGCUGAUGUAUGGAUGGGGUAUCAAGCUAUCCUGAUUCUUGAAAGUUGUAUAAUACAUGUUCAAUCAUUGUCAAUAUUCCAAAUUUGUGCUGUCAGUUGCUAGUAAUCAUUAGAAUUAUACAGAGUAUACAGCUGAAACGUGGUCUCUAAGGGUCUUUGCUUUGUAGAAAUGCAGCUUGUUACUUGGUAAAAAAUUUCGAUGAACCAGUGUAGCCAAUAUGGUAAAACCAGUACAUGGUCAUCACCGGCUGUUCUUGGACGGGCCAAGGAGGGGUCACAUAGUUUUUCUUUAUCUCUGGAAAAAAGUUAUUUAAUAGCAGGUAAACAACAAAAAUGAACAUUGUUUUACUCAUUUAACCAAACAUAUCAACAAAAAUGCAUAUUCUAACUGAGGAAAAAGUUAGGACACCCUACCACCUAAUAUCUAUUGAUACCCCCUUGGCUGAAAUAACUUCAGUGAGACGCUUUUUGUAGUCAUAUACCAGUCUUUGACAUCGGUCUCAAGAAAGUUUGCCCGAAGAAAGUUUGCCCCACUCCUCAACACAGAAUACUUUCGGCUGUUAGAUGUUUGAAGGGUUUCUUGCAUGUACAGCCUGUUCCAAGUCACCCCACAGCAUCUCAAUGGGAUUAAGAUCUGGGCUUUGACUCAGCCAUUCCAAGACUCUCCGUUUUUUCCUUUUCAGCAAGUCCUUGGUGGGGUUACUGGUAUGUUUUCAGUCGUUGUCAUGUUGCAGGGUCCAGUUUCACUUGAGCUUUAAUAUUUUCACAGAUGAUCUCACAUGUUCCUCAAGCACCCUCUGAUACACGAUAGAAUUCAUGGUAGAUUUUAUAAUGGAGAGUUUGCUAGGUCCUGCUGCAGCAAGGCAUCCCCAAAUCAUGACACUUCCACCUCCAUGCUUCACAGCUGGUAUGAGGUUUUUAUUUCCUGGAAUGCUAUAUUGGGUUUACGUCAAACAUGUCCUCUCUUCUGGUGUCUAAAAUUCAUUUGUCCAAAGAACAUUAUUCCAGAAAUCCUGGUCUUUGUCGACAUUCACUCUAGCAAACUUCAGUCUGGCCUUCACGUUCCUUUUGGAGAGGAAAGGUUUCCUCCUUGCAUACCUCCCGUGAAGGUUAAAAUUAUGAAGUCUCUUUCUGAUUGUAGAGGCAUGCACUUUCACAUCAACAGUAGCAAGAGCCUGGUGUAGGUCCCGUGACUUCUUUCAGCAUCUUGCGGUGUCUGGGCAUGUUGGCAGUUGUUUUGAAUGUCCUCCACUUGUAGACUAUUUUCCGGACAGUGGAAUGGCUGAUUUUAUAUUCUUUUUAGAUCUUUUGAAAUCCCAUAUACCAGACUCAUAAGCGUCUACAAUCUUCUUUCUGAAGGCCUCAGAUGGCUCCUUUGAUCUCACCAUGGUGUUUUCUCUCCAACAGUCAGGGCCACACCAAACUAAACGUGAGGUUUGAAUAAGGCAAGCCUCCUUCAAAACAUUGGGUAAUGGUGUUCUCAUCAUGUGCACCUGAUGUGAUACAAAUGUGUGUGAUUUUAGCCAUUUCAAGUGAGAUUGAAUGUGGGGGUGUCCUAAUUUAUUCCUCAGCAGAAAUUGCAUUUAUUUGAAAUGUAAUUUUUUUGAAAGUUAUCAAAUCUUUUAGUUUUAAUUGUUUAGUUCUAAUACUUGAAUUUCUCAAGAUUGUUAAAAUUGAUAUUAAAUAUCCAUAUGACAAAAUAUGUUAGAAAACAUACAAGGCUUUCAUAGGGUUAAAUUUUUCACAUGGCUGUAUAACUGUCAGAGGCCAAGUAUCGUUGCCAUCUUUGUUAAGUGUUUGUUUUGGUCAACAAGGCAAUACACAGAUUAUCAUCCUGCAUGAGGCGGUAAAAAUAAGAACUACUGGCAAAAACCAGUAAAGUUUGUAAUAAUUUGUAUUUAUACUGUGUGCAAGUAAGGAUAUAAUAUAUGGAACAAUUAUGAAAAGCAGCAUUAAUAUUUAACAUACUUUAACUAAUUCUCACCUCAGAAAAGAAUGAUUCGGCAAUUGCCAUGCUUUGUAGAAAAAUGGUACCCCGGGGACUUCAGGUGGUAAUUAGAGUGGGCAGGUCCUGUGGCCCCAUCCCAAAACCCGACAUACGGUACAUAAGUACUGUAUUUGUUUAUUAUAACAAUAAAUCAACAAGAUGGCAUUAACAUUAUUAAUUCUCUUAAAGUGAUCCAUAGAUAGAAAGACUUGUAGUUCUUAAAAGAUAAAUGUUAGUACAAGUCAUAGAAAUAUUAUAUUAAAACCCCUCUUAAUGUUUUAGUGUUAUUAAAAUUUGUAAAAUUUUCAAUCAAAAAAUAAACUAGUAGCUCUCCAUUGUUGAUGUCAAGUUACACCAUGCUCACUCCCUAAACCCAUAAAAUCAUUUGGACCCAAGCGCCAGCAGAGGGCGCCAAACACCAAUAAACAAGUAACAAGCGGACAUUACACUGCUGUCAUUUUAAUCUGUUUGAGCGGAGCAUGUGCGUUAAUUGCGUCAAAUAUUUUAACGUGAUUAAUUUAAAAAAUUAAUUACCGCCCGUUAACGCGAUCAUUUUGACAGCCCUACUUUCAUUAUGUUCAGACUUACAUUACCCCUUUUCACUUGCUGAAUCUGCCAGUCUUUUUUUUUUUUUUUAAUCAAACGGACGUUUGAUUGGCUGAUGACUUCAACCCCUUCCCUCACACACACACACACGCGCAACCUCAGCCCCGACACAAAUAUAACAUGCCGCCUCCUCCGCCCCCUUCAAAAACGUGGAACAUUAGUUUUUUUUCCCGUCAGCAGCAGCCACUGUAAAUUAUGUUAAAAGACGUCACUGUUGUGGAGGUGGGGAACACACCACUAAUUUUGCUCCUGAAAAUCUUAAAUGUUUUUAUGUAUUUUUGGCAUACCAGAUAUUGUUAACAGGUUUGUAUUUAUUGUGUCUGUUAAUAUUUACUAGUAUGUUCAAAUAUUGCAAUUUAAAUUUGCUAAUAAAAAAAGUUUUCAAAAUGUUUCUUUAGUAGGUUUUGAAAACAAAGGUUUGAAUCAAACGGUGUAUCACCUGAACCAAUACGUACAGUGGGGCAAAUAAGUGU